AUGCCGUGCCGAAGAGAUGACGAAACUAAAAACAAGAUCGUCAAGGAAUUCUGCCAGGUAGAGCUGCAAGACGUAAAGGGGGAGCCACAAAACUUAAAGAAAGAAAAUGCCGAGCUGAAGAGAGAAAAUGCCGAGCUGAAGGGGGAGCCGCAAGACUUAAAGAAAGAAAAUGCCGAGCUGAAGAGAGAAAAUGCCAAGCUGAAGAGAGAAAAUGCCGAGCUGAAGGGGGAGCCGCAAGACUUAAAGAAAGAAAAUUCCGAGCUGAAGAGAGAAAAUGCCAAGCUGAAGAAUGUGCUGCAAAUCAUAAAGGCACAGAUACCAGACAGUGCUUCCAAUACCGGUCACAACAACGACAUGUGAGAGACCUCUGCCAGGGCCUAUCAUAGAGCAAGGGAAUACCAGCUCCUGGACCUUUAGACAGGAAGGUCAGCUAGAUUACCCAAGCUUCGAAAUAGGUCAUAAGGCGACCUUGGUGGUAACUUUGAUUGAGCCGUGACACACAAUCUUGUGAAUUGGUUGUGAGGGUCUGUUGCACCCAUUUCUACGUGUUAGGAAUUGUGCUGAGGCACACUUUUAUUUUUGUAACUCUUUGAAGUUGUUGUGUGGUGAUCCUGUGUGGACACUAUUGCCGGUGGUCUGACUGCUGUCGGGAACCUUUGGUAUGACGAGGAUGCAGCUGACGUUGUACCCAGCUACGCGGUUGACCGUUGUGGAGGUUGUGAACCAAUAUUGUGAUUGGUAGAGCAGACUUUAGUGACUUUAAUACUAUUUUGGUGUGAAACUUGGUUGAGAGUGCGUGUGAUUGUUUACAUGUUGUAAAUAAAUUGUUAACUGUUGCAAA